AUGGCGCCCACUCCCAAUGAUCCAGAGGAAUCUGGUGUGCUUCGACCCCGAGCACUGCGCGCAUUUGACCACCAUAUAGAGCGCCCACACCUGGCCAUGGAUAGGACACCGUCUAGCCUCUCAAGCGGUCGCUCGACGCCUGUACCAGAAGAUGCUCCUCCUUCUGCUCACUACAUAUCGACUGUCCGGAAGCAAGUGCGAGCUCAAGUGAAGCAGCGCAUUUUUUACAACAUCGAUUACCAGCCACGACUCUCCCAUUUUGAUCCCAAUAGUGAUCACCGUGAUUUUCACGGCUUUUUCAUCUUAUUUUGGAUAAGCUUGGUUAUCAUGGUGAUAACUACUGUGCUGAGAAAUAUCAAAGAUACUGGAUACCCGCUGAGAGUUCAUGUUUGGUCUCUCCUAUCAGCUAACGUGUUCCAACUUGCGCUUGCCGACAUGGGUAUGGUUGCAAGCACUGCAAUAAUAGUACCGCUCCAUAGGGCGAUUAGAAGUAGCAAGGGCUUGCUUAGAUGGGGAAUUGGGGGCAUGGUGGUGCAGAGUAUAUAUCAAACUGUUUGGCUCUCAUUUUGGGUCAUACUUCCGUUCAAGUUAGAUUGGACGUGGACGGCGCAGGUCUUUUUGACUCUGCAUACUUUGACAAUCUUGAUGAAGAUGCAUUCUUACGCAUUUUAUAAUGGGCAUCUAAGCGAAACAGAGCGCCGAUUAUCAGCCCUGGAUGAGCCACAGGCCAAGGUCUUCCCUGCUGCAGUCCAUUACCCGAGAUCUCCAGUUGUAGCUGAUACUUCAAACCCGGCAAAUAGCGAGAUAGAUUCUUCUGAUACCGAUACUGACCCAAAGCAACAAGUCAGCAAACUACGAGCCGAUCUGGCAAUGGAGCUGACCUCUCCUCUUGGCCAUGUUACCUAUCCCCAGAAUCUUACGUGGAGGAACUAUGUAGAGUUUAUAUUUUUUCCAACUCUCUGUUACGAAUUGGAAUACCCGCGAACUAAGGACACCUGCUGGAUAGAAGUUUUUAUCAAAGCAGCCGCAGUAUUUGGCUGUAUUUUCCUAUUAACAUUGACUAGCGAGGAGUUUAUCGUUCCUGUCCUGAGUGAUUCCGCAUUCAGGCUUCGUGCAACUCCAUCACACUUUGAAAGGGGUUUAAUCCUCGCCGAGACUAUCAGCAUGCUCCUAUUCCCGUUCAUGGUGACAUUCUUACUGGUCUUUCUGGUAAUAUUCGAGUACGUGCUGGGGGCAUUUGCCGAAAUUACACGGUUUGCAGAUAGGCGGUUCUACUCAGAUUGGUGGAAUUCCUGUGACUGGUUGGAAUUCUUAAGAAAGUGGAAUCUUCCUGUUCACCACUUUCUUCGACGUCAUGUAUACUUCUCCUCUCUCACCCGUUUCUCAGCACCAGGAGCGAUGGCCAUCACCUUUCUUGUUAGCUCAAUUGCACAUGAAUUGGUAAUGGUCUGCAUCACUAAAAAGUGGCGAGGAUACGGCUUUUUCGCCAUGAUGCUGCAAUUGCCUAUUGUGGCAAUUCAGAGAUCGAAAUUUGUGAAGGGCCGAAAAACGUUCAACAUCUGUGCCCUCUAUGUUCUUGUAUAA